AUGAAACGCAGAAACUUUCAGAUGGGCAUGCUCGUUUGCCUUUUAAAAGUGCAUUUGUGGUUCACUACCUGUGGGGGCGGCAGUGCGCACGUUUACACUAGGAUGAAGAAGAAAGCGAUCGCGUCAUAUGUUCAUCAUGGCGGUAGAUUUGACUCCGCGAUUUAGAAGAUUGAACAGCCAAACGAGAAGUUUCCGUGAAAACAUACAGCACGUUUUCUCAGGACCCUUUGGUGCCACACAGCUAUGGCACAACAUCAUCCAUGCACUUCAGACACAGGUGGAGGUGCGCCGCUGCCGCAGACACCUCCGCGUCCACGCAGAGUGUUUCACCGGCUCAGACGCUGUGGAUGCAGUGCUCAGUUAUUUGAUGCAGAAUGUGGUGUUUUGCACCAGUGAGGUGUCUCGACUCAAGGCCACCCGGCUCUGCCAGGCCCUGAUGGAGGCCAAGGUGUUUGAGCCGGUCGGCACCAAGCUGUUCCGCAGAGACAAGGAAGUGGCCUUUGAGGACAGCAGCUCCAGCCUGUACCGUUUUCUGGAAUACAAAGUGGUGUCUGGAUCUUCCACGAAGGAGCGCAGCAGUGUGACAGAAAACAUGCCUCCAAAGGAGCUGGGGAUAAAGAGGAAGAAGAGCUCCAGGAUGAAAGACCAGAGAACAUUCUCCAAUCCUCUAGCUGUGGGACCAUCGGAUUCAAGGGUUGAGAGGCUGCUGACGACCAUCAACCUACAGCCGUAUAUUUCACAGGCUUCAUCUGCCCCAGCCACGGCUGCCCUCCUGUCCAAAGCUGUGGUGGAUCAGGUUUGGAAACAGCAGACGCUGCUGCAGCUUCUGCAGAUUGUGGAAUUACCCGUCCUGGACUGCAUCCUGUCCUCUCCUGCCCAGGUUCAGCAACCAGGCUGGAGAGUUUCUCUGAGCAGAGACCAGGACCUGGUUAUCUCCAACACAUGUCUGGAUAGAGAGCUGCCCAACACCCUUAACCUGCCCCAGUUGGACGACUGGCUGUCAUUGGCCGCAGACCUCUUGGAGCUCUUCCCUGACCAGCUGAUUGUCUUCGCUGGGGAACAACUCAACCAAGGCAGCAAGGGAUGUGUGGACGAUGGAAAUGCAAACCAGAAGAGGCUGCUCUUUGACACAAUUUCAAAAUACUACAGUGAGCGGGGAAGAGCUCCUCUCCUCUCGGGGCGAUACCUCGAUAUCCACAUUGCAAUUCUGAAGCUGCUUGAUGAAGAAAAGGUGCAGGAGGCUAUCACAGCUUCUCAGCUGUGUCUACGACUGCUGGAGCCGAGUGUUAGAGAUGAACUGCGGAGACUGUUGUCCUUCAUGGCCACUGCAGCUCUACCAGAGUCCUGUCGUCUACAGAAACAAAUCGAAAACAGAGCCUUGGUCUGUCGCACUUUUCAAAAAGCAAUUGUCCAGAACAGUGAAAUGAAUCGAUGGCAGAGUGAAUCUCUGGUCCUGUUCCUAAUGGACAAUCACACACAACUCUUCAAGACUCCUGCCUCCCUCAUUGAAGCUGUGAGGAAAACACUCAGGAGUAUGAAGCAGGGAAGAGAUCCUGAUUCAGUCGCUAUGUUCACCUUCUGCCAGCAAAGGACACCGCAGGACUACGAGGACCAGCGCGAGGCGACCACCCUGGAGAGCCUGAAGCAACUUCUCCAGGACAUUUCCUCCAACAGCAGCAUGUCAGUGAAGGAGAAGAGGAGACUGCUGAAAGAGUUUGAAAAGCACCACCCUGUGGUUUUCCUGCAGCACUUCUCCAGCACCUUCUGACGACCAAAUUAGUUCUAAAGAACAUCAUACUUGAUUCUUAAAAGUGAAGUACGAGCUUUCCUAAAUCCCUAGUGUGUGUUUGGUUUAAAUGGACUCACGCAUCUUAUGAAGAGCAAUUUGCGAUGCUGCAGCUUUACUGUGCCUUUUCAUGGCACAUUUUUCACACUUUUAAUUUGUAGCAACACUGUUACAUUACAUUCUUAAAUGCCCCUAAAAUGUACUCAUGAUUUAUUUAACCUAAUGAAAUCCUUUGAAUUAUUAUUUGUUUCACUGCAGUUGUACAUAAACAGGGUGCAGUUGGUUAUCUGACAUAUAAAGUGUCCAAAUAGACUAAGAUUUAGCAAAGACUCUCAAACAAGAUUUGCUCGUUUUAGUAGUUGUCAAUUUUGCUUUGUUUUUAUUACUACUAUGAUCUAUGCUUUAUGAUUAAAGCAUUUAGCGGUGAGCAUCUUAGCAUUCAUGUUUUUAAUGAAACUGAACAACCAGUUUGUACAGACAAGGUACUAAACUUGCACUAAUCAAUUUUCCCCUUCAUUUUAAAUAAUGCCGUGCACUUUGAUUGGGCAUUAUAAUUUCCUUAAAACUUUUAAUCUGGCUUUAUGCUGUUGUAGAAAUGUCACACUAAUGUGUCUGAAGGAAGUCUAACACAAAGUGUGACUUUAGUGAAGGAAUUCAAAGGGAUAUUUCUAAGGAAGUUACAUUCAGCUCAGGUUCUUUUUAAAAUUUAAAUAUGAAAGGGAAUCCUUAACAUUGAUAGUGACUGCUAUUUACUUGAAAAAGAAGAACACUACUGAUUUAAUCUGUAAUGCCACUGAUCAUUUGCAUGACCUUCAACCAAUGUGCUCAAAUUGUAAACUUUUGUAAGAAUGCACUUUAAAUUGUGAAAUAUGUUUAAUUUCGAGUACAAAUAAAGGUUUAGUGGUUCUCCACAGAGUACUCUACGUGUCAAGUUGCUGAGACUAAUGUUUAUUUCUGGAUGCACCCGUGGAUAUCUUAUAUGUGCUGUAGCAUCAAUAUCAAUACAAUCAUUACUGCUGUAUUCUUCGACAGGAGAGAGGCUUUAUAGCCAGGCAACUUAGCUAUAGAUACAGUUAGAUAUCAAAAUAUCGUUGUAAAAGACAUGAGAAGGAAAGAAAAAUAGACGAUGACGUCAGUGCACCUGAUGCGUCAACAAACCCGGAAGUUGGCUGAUACAGUAGCUAGCUAAGCUAACUCCUAUCGUAUGCUACUGGAAGACAUGGAGGCUGUGUUUUGCAGCCAACACUGACAGUUCCGUUGUUGAAAGUUUACAUAAUAUAAGAAGAUACAUCGAAA